AUGUUCCUAAGUGAAGUAAAAUUAAGUGUUUAGGUUCUGGCUGUUAGAACAAAGGUUGUAAAAGAAAAAACGGGGGCUGUUAUAGAAGAAGACGCCAAGGAAUAAACAAAGUUAUAAGAAAAAUUUUAAGCCCUCACAAAAUAGUUAGUUGAAAUUCUUCCUCAUAUCCAAAAGUAGGAGGACUAGGAUGAAAGAAGCAAGCCUUCUCUUAGAAUUUCAAUUUGCGAGAAGAAGUAUUUCCUGAAUGAUUAUAUUCAAUUUCCAGCAUUAUUUGAUUAUGUUAAUCAAUUUAUUUUGUUAGACUUUCGAUAAAAAAUAUGA